AUGGCUCCCACCACCAAGGCAAAGAAGUCCUCUCAGGACAACAUCAACUCCAAGCUGCAGGUACGUAUCUCUUCAUAAGAGGUGGGCCAAGGAUCGGAGGGGGGGUGGGUGGUCUAAAGGCGAGGUCGACGUGCAGCAGAGGAGGCGGAGUAGAAGGAGGGGAUGAUACUUGCGUAUGGAAAGAGAGAGAACGAGAGAGAACAGAGGCAGAGAGAGCAGAUGGCCCUCAGCAUAUACACGUGGCCCGCGAAGAGCGCAUACAAAGCUCGGAGGCUGACGAGAUGCACUGCACACAACACACGCACCAAAACACAGCUUGUCAUCAAGUCUGGCAAGGUCUCUCUCGGCUUGAAGAGCGCCCUUAAAUCGAUGAGGAGCGGCAAAGCAAAGUUGGUCCUCAUCUCUGCCAACACUCCUCCUCUGCGCAAGUCAGAGUUGGAGUACUACGCCAUGCUUUCAAAGACUAGCGUGCACCACUACCAGGGAUCCAACGUUGCCCUCGGAACUGCGGCUGGUAAGCUGUUCCGUGUCGGGUGAGUAAGCAUUGUCUGGCACGAAAAGGAAGGCCCGCAAGCGAUAUAGGGCGGCAUGCGGAGUGCGAAUGUGCAAUUCGCGGCAUCGGUCGCGUGCUGUCGUUGCUGCGCAACUCGGUGAUGACGCGUACGACAUGAGCGUCGGGUCAACCUCCGUCGGCAGAUUUAGCUGACCCCACUCCCUCGUACAUUUCUUCUCGACCAGCGUCAUGACUGUCCUCGACGCCGGUGACUCCGACUUGUUGAGCUCCGUGACUGCAUAA